AAUCAUCUUUUUCUCAAUCAUCUUUGAGCCUCGUGAACAUAAUGGGAGCCUCAAAGCAAUCCACUCUAUUUUGUAUGAUUUCUCUCCUUCUCAUGUUCUUUUUCCACCCAUCUCUUGCUAUCACCUCACUCCCCGCAUCCGUAGAUCUCAUUUGCAGCUCCAGUCAAUACCCAUCCUUCUGCAAAUCCUAUCUUCCCCAAGACAAGCCUCACACUAUACAAGAUUAUGGCAGUAUUUCUCCCAACCAAUCCUUGUCAAGUGCUCACAAUCUCCUCUCAUUAGUUCAAAAUUACCUCAGUCACCCCUCAACUUCCACCCUCCCAGCAAUCCGAGCCCUCGAAGAUUGCCAGCUUCUUGCCUCAUUGAACACAGACUUUUUAUCAAACACCCUGCAGUUGAUCAAUUACAAACACAAUCUAGAUAGUUUUGAAGUAGAGGAUGGCAUGGCCUGGCUUAGUGCCAUUUUGACAAAUCUACAAACAUGUUUAGAUAGUCUGACUGAAGCCACCCCAUCAGCUGAAAAAAAUCAAGAAUGAUCUUAUGUCUUACCUCUCCAAUGGCACAAUGUUCCACAGCAUAUCUCUGACCCUUUUCAAGCAUGGUUGGGUUCCUAAUCAAGGCAGAGUGCAGCCUGUGCAGGGGAGAUGGCUAAUGGAGAGGAUUUUGACCCGGGACCGAGCGUUGUAUGGUUUUCUGAGGGGAAGAAAGCUACUUCAGAUUAGAAACAGUGUGAAUGUGAGUCAAGUGGUGGUGGUGAAUCCUGAUGGAAGUGGGAAUUUUACUACCGUCAAUGAUGGGGGAACCGCUGUUGUUGCACCAGGCUUUGUUGCAGUAAACAUAACAUUCCGGAACACAGCAGGGGCAAUGAAGCAGCAAGCUGUGGCAGUCUGCAAUGGCGCUGACCUGUCCGCCUUCUACGGCUGCAGCAUGGAAGGCUACCAAGACACCUUAUACGCCUACUCACUCCGGCAAUUCUACAGAGAGUGUGACAUAUACGGCACUGUCGACUUCAUCUUUGGUAAUGCUGCAGUGGUUUUCCAGGACUGCAACCUCUACCCGCGACUGCCUUUGCCUGGACAAUUCAAUGCCAUCACUGCACAGCGAAGAACUGAUCCGAACCAAAACACUGGCACUUCCAUACACAACCGCACCAUCAGGGCUGCCGAUGAUUUAUCGGCAAGUAAUGGGACGACGAAGACGUACCUGGGACUGCCAUGGAAGGAGUACUCAAGAACUGUUUACAUGCAGUCUUUCAUGGAUAGUCUGAUUGAUCCUUCGGGGUGGUCUGUAUGGUCUGCGGAUUUUGCACUGAGCACCUUGUAUUAUGCUGAGUUUAACAACACAGGAGCUGGAUCGAAUACCUCUAACAGGGUUACAUGGCCUGGAUACCAUGUCAUAAAUGCAACGGAUGCUGUUAAUUUCACUGUGUCAAAUUUCAUUGAAGGACAAUUCUGGUUGCCUGCAACAGGAGUGCCUUUUGAUGCUGGUUUACUUUGCAAAUUGUACAUUUUAUUAAAUCUAUAACAACGACAUGGAAAGGUUGUGCAGGACCCUAACAUAAAAGGAAAUUGCAUCA